AUGUGGAUGAAGGCUAACAAGUAUAGCAAUAAAUUAACCUGGCUAAAUCAUGAGUUUUUAGUGACCUCAAAAGAAAAAACCCUUCAUGAACCAGGUUACGGUUAUGGCAUGGGUGCUGGAAAAAUAGAGGACCGAGUAAUGACUCGGCAGAUUAUACAAGAGAGAAGAUUUGUAGAAGCAAUAAAUCGUCAAGCAUAUCAGUAUGAAAUGGGUGACUUUCCAACAGAAUGGGAAGCAUGGAUAAGAAAAAAAAGGCAGGAUCCACCCACCAUUGAGGAGAUUCUUAAGAAUGAAAAUUAUAGAGAAGAAAUGAAACAGAAAAUCAAAGAGGUAUCUGAAAAGGAUAAGCUGCUUCAGGCCAAGGAAUACAAGGAGGGACUUGUUGCUGAACCAGUUCAUACUCACGUUAAAGGCCAUGCAUCAGCCCCGUACUAUGGAAAGAAAGAGCCUUCGCCAGAUCCAGCCAGCACCGCAAGUACCUUUCAGCCAGGCUCCUGGAUGCCACCAGGCAGUGGUAGUAGUCAUAAUAAAUAAAGAGUUGUAAUGUACAGAUAUUGCUAAUGGACAGAUAUUUUAACAGAUAACAUGAAGAGCUGUUAUAUAUAAGCAAGUGUGCAAUAAAGUAAUAUUAAA